CAGUCAGGUGUCAUGAAGCUGUUGAUGGUUGUCGCCGUGGUGGCAUAUGCUGCUUCUAUGCCUACCCCUUCUGCCGAUCCACCGCUAAGCCCAUCACCAUCGAGAUCCCAGCCAGGAACAUCUCCCUCAUCUUACCCCAAGGUAAUGGUUUUCCAUACCAUUUCCCCGAAGCUUUCCCCUUCAUGCCCCCUUUCGUAGUCAAAGCGGACGAGUACGAGGAAGAGAAACCUGCAUCUCAGAAGAAAGAACCUGAGGCUAAGGGGAAGGAACCUGAGGCUGAGAGAAAGGAACCUGAGGCCAACCCGUAGAACCCGUUGAUAAAGAUAAGAGAGAUUAAAGGACCUGGGAGGAGGAGUCACGUGUCUUCUUAGCCUCGUUACAGAGGAGUUCGAAGGACUCGUUGAGCCUCCUCAGCUUCCCUUGCUUAAACAACAGCGACCACAUCAAAAACGACUCUACUUCGCUCGAUUCUACUUCGCUCAAGAAGAAAUAUAAUGAGAUGUGGAUAUGAUGCC